GGUUACGUGGAUAAACAUGGCGACGGUAGUGUCUGCUGUAGUUAACAGUUGUCACCGCUGACAGACUCUCGGGGUACUGAGGCGUUUUAUUACAGUUAUUACAUGUGACACCCGCACAGUUUGCAUCGUAAACGUCAAGGCUAUUAAUCUCCGAGUCGCAUGAAGUGAUUUUAUCUGGUGUUUAGGUUCAGAGACCGUAGACAUGGAGGAUGAGGAGCGACGGAGGAAGCUGGAGGCCGGUAAAGCGAAGCUGGCAGAGUACAGACAGAAGAAGGCUCAGAGUGAUGGACAGAAGAAGAAGAAGAAGAAAAAGAAUAAAGGAUCAGAACAGCAAGAAGGAGAACAAGAAGAAUUUGAAGAGAGAAAGAAUGUUCCAUCUACAGAGCUUUCCUUCUCCAGAACUCUCAGAAGUGGAGACACUAUAAAGCAUGAACAGACUUACACAGUAGAGCCUGAGAGUGAAAUCUCCACCACAGCAGAAGAUUACUCCUCAGAGGUGAAUGGUCAUGAGGCGGCUGAGAAAUCGCCGGACGUCGUGGAGGAGGAGAUCUAUGGGCCCGGCCGAUUGCAGGAGAUGGAGAACGAACUCGCCGCAAAAAACAUGGUGGUGGACGAAUUGAGCCGAGAACUAGAAGAGUUCAGAGCUGCUUUUGGAGCUGAGGGAGUACAACAGCUCCAGGACUUUGAGGCAGCUCUGAAACAAAGAGAUGGCAUAAUCACACAGCUAACGGAGAACCUGCAGCAGGCUCGGGCUGAGAAGGAUGAGGUGAUGCGCGAGUUCCUCGACCUCACUGAAAAAAGCCAGAAACUGCAGAUCCAAUUUCAACAGUUACAGGCAGGCGAGUCAAUAAGGAGCUCCAGUAUGAGCAGUGCUGCUGCAGAUCUCCUGCAAGCCCGACAAGAAGUUCUGCAUUAUCAGCAACACCUGGAUGAGAAAGAUGCGACAGUCAAAAGUCUCCAGAUGCAGCUAGAAGAUAGGAAUAGAGAGAUCAAAGGUCUUCUGGAGCAGGCAGAAGAGAGAGACAAAAAAGUCAAACAUCUUCAGGAGCAGCUACAGGAGAGUGUGGCUAACGUCAACAGCCUCCAAGAGCAGCUACAGGAGAGUGUGGCUAACGUCAACAGCCUCCAAGAGCAGCUACAGGAGAGUGUGGCUAACGUCAACAGCCUCCAAGAGCAGCUACAGGAGAGUGUGGCUAACGUUAACAGCCUCCAAGAGCAGACGCAGAUUCAGCAGAGGUUGUUUGAACGUGAGGUCUCAAGGGACACAGAAGUGUCUUUUACCCAGAGACUUCAAGAGAAGGACGUGUUGAUUAAAGAACAGGAAACGCUAAUACUAGAGCAUCAGCAACUAUUAUCCCAACUCAGAGACAAUCUCCAAGUAUCUGAGAAGCGUUUUGUUAACAUUAGUGAACAACUGGACGCAAAGGUCCGUGACCUAGAGGGUUGUGAAGCAGCGCUCCGGGCUUCCAAGGAGAAGGAGCAACUUUCAUCAGGUGAAAUCCUGCAACUGAUGGGCACUGUGGAGGCUCUUCAAAAACGCUACCAUCAGGGCAACCAAUCAGAAGAUGAGGUUCUUCAGAAGGCACAGCAAUAUACUACACAAAGCUUGGACCACCUGAGGGCAGAACUGGAUGAAAUGUAUGGGCAGCAGAUCGUACAGAUCAAGCAAGAGCUCAUAUCUCGGCACAAAGAAGAAAUGGCAAAUAUCCUCAAUCAGCAUUCCAUGGAACUGAAAAAUGUCUUGGACAAGCAUUGCACCGAAACUGAGCAAAUAACAACUCAACUGACUCAAAGCACUGGAGAAGUCAAUGUCCUAAAUGUCAGGGUAAUUGAGCUCCAGCAACGGCUGCAGGAGAUGCAGGUCCUGCGAGAAAAAGCUGAACAGGAUCUCUCAAAAACGUCAGAGGAAAAGAUAUUGCUGCAAACCCAGGUGCAGCGGCUCAUACAGGACUUGCGCUUAAAGGAACAAGAGAAGAGCCAAUCAGAGGUGCAUCUCCAGCUUCAUGCUACAAUAACUGAUCUUCAAGCUCAGCUAAAAUCUGUUCAGGAAGCCUCAAGUGAGCUGAAGGCCAAGCAUCAGUCUGAGAUUACCAAUUACCAGAUCAAGCUAGAGAUGAUGGAAAGAGAGAAGGAUGCAGUACUGGAUCGCAUGGCUGAGUCACAGGAAGCUGAACUUGAACGACUUCGCACACAGCUGCUAUUCAGCCAUGAGGAAGAACUUACUAGGCUUCGUGAAGAUCUUCAGCAUGAGAGCCAAUUGAAUGUGGAAAACCUAAGGGAUGAGCUCAACCAGCGACAUGAGGAAUCUCUCCAACAUCUCCGCAGUGGGUAUGAGGAACAGAUAAGGUUGUCUGCGGAUGAGAGGUCAAUUUUGGCAGCAGAAAGAACUUCUCUGUUGCAGGAAGUUGUAACACUGAAAAGUGACCUGAACCAAGCACUAGAGAAAUCUCAGGUGGAGGAGCUGGUGGCACAACUAGAGGCUCUGCAGGCGGAGAUUGAGGAGCUAAAACAGAGACCAAGUGACAAGGUUGAAUCUCACGAACUGUACAAAACCGAUCCUACAAGGAAGUAUGAGGAGAGUUGGGAGUUGAUGGAAUCUGAAAAUAAACUUCUGAAAGAGACGAAUGCAACCCUGUCAGAAGAACUGAGGGCUCUUGAGGAGGAUCAUAAAAAGCUGAUGAAGAACAUUGACACACUGAUGUCAGAGAACAGGCAAGCAAAUGAGACGGCCGAAGAUCUAAGAGCUGAAAUUAAGAGGCAGAAAAGCACAUUCUCAUUUGAAGAAAAGAACUUUGAGGUGAACUACCAGGAACUAAGAGCAGAGCUAGAAGAAAGACUCCGGGUACAGGCACUGCAGUAUGAGACCAAACUCCAGGGCCUUGGAACACAACUUCACUGUCUAAAGUCUGAAAUGGAAUAUGGAUCCAUCAAGAGUAUGAAAGAGGAGGAUGAAGAAACAGAUAGAGGAGCAUUAGUGGAAAAAGAUACAGCAGAGCUAAUGGAGAAGCUCCAAAGUGUGGAGCUGGAGAGGGACGAGCUAGUGAAACAGGUGGAACAGAAAGAGACUGAGAUAAAACAGAUGAGACUGAAGAAUGUAAAGCUGGAGGAGCAGAUGGAAAGUAAGGAAAUGGAGUAUAAGAGAGGACAACAGGAGAAAACAGGGUUAUUGGAACAGCUGGAACAAAAGGAGGCAACUGUCAAGAUGGUGGAGCUAGAGAGGGCAGGACUUGUUGAACAGUUGGGGCAGAAACAGGUGAAGCUAAAACAGUUGGACCUAGAGAGAGAAGGGUUCGAAGAACAGACAAAACUGAAAGAUCUGGAGAUAACGAGGGUGGAGCUUGAGAAAAUAGGACUGGUGGAGCAGGUAGACAAGAAAGAGGCAGAGCUGCUGCAGAAAGAGGCAGAGCUUGAAAGAAUAAAGCUGGAGAAGGCAGAGCUAUUGCAGCAGGUGGAGUCAAAAGCAGUACUGCUACACCAACAGGUCAGGAUCGAGAAGGCAGAAAGGGUGCAAGAGGUGGACCAGGAAGAGCCGGUGCUACAGCACAAAGGGGCAGAUCUACAGGGGGUGACAGAAAAAGGGGCACUUGUGCAAGUGGCGGAACAGAAUAAGGCAAUGCUACAGCAAACGAAGGAAGAGCUGCGAAGAAUAACACCAGGGAGGGCGGAGCUCACAAAGCAAGUUCAGGUAAAGAGGACGGGUCUUAAGGCAGCCAGAAAGGCAAGACAAAAGGGCAGCAGGGUCAAAGGUUUAGAGUCAAAAUCUGACACUAAGAACAAGAGUCAGCUCAAGACGAAAUAUUCUGAGGUGGAGCUUGAGGAAGAGGAGACUGUUAGGACUGAGCUUUUGGCUCCGCCCCUUUCUCAGACUGCAGAGGAGGAGGAGAGACUGAGAGAGACUGAUGUCUGUGUUGUGCAUCACAAUGAUGGUGUGAAGCAGCAAACACAUGCUCAUACUAAGCUUGUAGCUGUUGCAGAGACACACUGUUGUGCAGACACACACACACACACACACACUCCGUCUGCUGCUGCAGCGUCGCACACACUUAAAGGGAACAAGCUGAAGAGUGGCUCAGAGAAACAGGUGGUGAGCCAGUAUGGAGAGACGGACUUGGUCUCCACAGCGACACUAACAGACAGUAUGGAAGGCCAUGAACAUGAGGAAUGCAGGCUACAGUUGGAGGCUCAGCGUAUCAGCCUGUCUCAGAUACAUGCUGCUCAGCUAGAGCUUCUUAAAGAGAGACUGCCAGAGUGGGAGGAGCCUGACAGACAGGGUGUGGCUAAAGUAAACCAAAAGCUGCAGCAGUUGGAUACAGGUGUUUUAUCUUCACACACUUGUGUAACGUUACUGAGUGAGGAUGGAAAUGAGGCGGUGUGUGAUGACCACUCAGUCAGGACUGAAGACGGUGUCCACACCUCCACCCCCACUGUCUUACAGGAGGAAUUUCAGGAGUCGGUGAAGCAGAAGAUGCAGCUUCAGGUGGAGCAGCACAUGCAGGAGAUUCAGCAUCUGAGGAGUUACUAUAGUGAGCAGAUCAGAGAAAUGGAGGAACGCUACACCAGCGAGAUUCUCCAUCUUCAGGACCAACUGCAGAACAUGACUCCCACAGAUGUCAUGCACAGCAUGCCAAGUGUUUCUGCAAAGGAGCAGCAGCUUCAGAUGCGACAGUAUAACAUUGAGGAGGAGAUUGCCAGGGUUAUAGUGCAGAUGUCGGUUGAGUUUGCCAAGCAGAGAGAGAAGAAUCGCAUCAGCAUGCAGGACAAACAGAGUGAGGAGACACAUGAGGGGGUGGAGCCCGAGCGAGCGAAUCAGAGGGAGGAAGAGUCUGGGAGAGGAGGAAUGGAGCGAUGGUAUCCCAGCAGGCAGUGCAGUAGCACACAGACAGGAAUGCUGAGGAGAAGUGGAGAAGGGGAUGAGGACAAAGACGAGGAGAGAGAGGAAAAGAAGAAGGUUGAACAGUGUGCUGAGGAGGGAGUGAUGGUGACAUCACAGCUGACAUCAGCAGACACACAGGAAAGAGUGCCUCAGGUGUUAGUGGACAUGUUAAAGAUGGCCGUCCUAAUGGAGGAGAGUGUCAGAGACAAACCUACCACACACCCAGAUGUACCUGAGAUGGACAACUCCAUCCUGUUGUCAGGGGCAACAGACACUGAUGAGGGGCUGGACAUGUCUCAGGAGGCAAGCCCUGCUGUUGAGGGGGUGGGGUCUUUGUGGAGUGUGAGCUCCAGGCUGCAGAGGGCAGUGGAGAAGCUGAUCUUCACCCUCACUGAGACACAAAUACAGACAGACAGACAGACAGGUAAACAGGUAGACAGACAGACCGUCCGGAUGGAGUCUUACUGGCCAUACUGCAGCUCGCGGGAGUUGGAUGUGGUUUGGGGGGAUGGGGCAGACAUGUACGAGGUGGAAUCUCGUGUCCCCCUUCCUCGUCCUUUCCCUCUGACUAUCUGUCUGAAUGAGAAAAACGCUGUGAUCGUGAAGACACACAUUACACACCUGAAGAGACACGCACAAGGACACCUGCUGCGCAUCGUAACCAAGAUCUCCCUCCCGACACCACCUUAUAGCUUGGAUCACGCACGGUUAACUCAGACGGAGUUGAUGAAGGAGAAAUUCAGUCAUGACCAGCAAAUCGCUGACUUAAUAACCAGACAAGACGAGCUGGUGCACAGGCUGGAGGAGGAGAGGACCGCUCGAGAGAAGCUCACAAUGCAGCUCCGGCAUGCUGAAGGUUUGAUUGAUGGGUAUUCAGAUGAGAGGCGAGGUCUGGAGGAGCAGGUACGUGAGGGGACGGCACUACAACAGCAGCUUGAGGUGGAGCUUCAGAUGACGAGCAGCCGACUUCAGGAACUACAACAGGAGAAACAAGAAGUCGGUGACCAGGAGGAUCUGUUACUACGGCAACAAGAUGCCAUUAUGUGUGGAGCCAGAGAGGCUGAGCUAAGCCUAGUUGAGGCAGCAGUAUCUGAUGCCCCUGAGGCAGGACUUCUGGAGGAGACAGAAAAGCUAUUGCAGGAGAAGGUGGAUGUUCAGCGUCAGGCCCAGAAGGAUCACGCAGAGCUUCUAGGGCAAGUGAAGCAGUUGGAGAUGGAGCUUGAGCAGCAGGUGAGAGCCAUGGCCAAGCUGGAGAAGACUCAUCUGUCCGAGAACUCUGACCUCCGUCAGCAGAUUCAUGCUCUUGAGAAACAACUGGAGAACAAUCGGCGCUUCCUGGAUGAGCAGGCUGCAGACAGAGAGCAUGAACGCGAUGUGUUUCAGCAGGAGAUUCAGAAACUGGAGCAACAGAUGAAGAGUAGCAGUAAGCUUCAGGCUGACCAUAGAGAGGUGGAGGAGCUGAGCGUGGCCCUGCAGGAGAAAGCUGAUUGGUGCAGUGAGCUUUUGUUGCGAGUGGAGCAGCUGCAGCGGGAUGUGCAGGAGCGUGACGAGGAGAUUGAGAGGCAGGGGGAGCGAGUGAGGGUGCUAGAGGAGGUGCUCGUAUCCAACGACAACCACGACAUCACGCCAGCCAGGGAGGAUAGUAAGCAGUAUGCCUCCAUGGCAGGCGGGGCUGAUGCUACCCUGGAGUCUUUACUCCAGACAGAGAGAGAGGCGCUGGACAGGAAAGAAAAAGAGAUUGUGAAUCUGGAGGAGCAGUUGGAGCAGUUUAGGGAUGAGCUCCAGAACAAGAGUGAGGAGGUUCAGCAGCUGCAGAUGCAGCUAGAGAUCCAGAGGAAGGAGAUUAGCACACAACAGCAGGAUCUUCAGGCUCAUAGCAGCUUACAGGAGGUCUUGGAGGAGAAGAACAUGCAAAUUGUUCUUCUUAAUGAACAGAUUGCUAAACUUCAGCGUUUGGAAACUACGAAGCCUGAAGUCAAGGAGGUGGAGAUAAAGAACGAGCUGGUGCUUGAGCUCGAGUCUCAGGUCGAGUACCUCCGUGGUGAACAGGAUCGGCUAAAACGAGGCAGCGAGGAAGAAGUGGAGCAGCUAAAUGCAGUAAUCGAGAAACUGCAGCAGGAGCUUUCCAAAAUUGAGCACAAACACUCUGGGGAGGAAGAAGAGGAUGAUGAUGAUGAACCGAAACAGAAGAUGGACCACAUUCAAAGAGAGCUUGACACCCUCAAGGAAGAGCACUCCUUGCUUCUCAGCAAAUAUGGAUCCUUACAAGAGGAAAGAGAGGUAAAAGAGGAAAAGGGGAAGGAAAAUUAUAUGCUAGUACUUGAGCUUGAAGACAUGUUGAGGGAGAAGACUGCAGCAUUAGUUGUGGCCCAAGUUCAGGUACAAGCUUUGGAGGAGAGCGCCACCUUCACAGUGAGCGGUUUGUCCCAGAAAGUGGAGCAGUUGGAGAAAUACUUAGAAGAGAAAGAGCUGGAGCUGAGAGAUUGUAGAUUAGAGGUGGAUAAAGCAAAAACCCUCCAUCUGAAGAUCUCCCAGCUGGAGGAGAAACUCGAGGAGAAGAGCCAGUUAGUCAACCAAAAGAAUCUUGAAGCAAACAUUCAAACCAAAGAGUUGUGUAACACACAAAGUGGGCAAUCAUUUGAUGACAAGACACAAUUGGAGUUAAAGAUGGAACACGGAGAACUCAUUAGCAAACCCACUGAUGGGAAAGAGCAGCAGUGUGGAAUAGUACUGGAUCAGGAGAAGGAUGGACAUGAGGUCAUCAAGGUAUUAAAGGUCCUUUCUGUAGAAGAAAUGGGAUCCACGGUAGUUGAACCCACUGCUGGAUUAAUAGAAUCUAGUUCAGAGAUGGAGGUUAAACAGUCUGCUGUACAUCCAGAGAAGAAUGCUGCUGUCCUGAUCGACAAGCUGAGAAAUCUGCAAGUAGAACUUAGUUCCAUACCAAAGGACCAGGAAUUGGAUAAACAUCUGCUUGCCAGUUCAGAAGAGGACGUUGAAGAGUACGAGAAAAUGCUGACAAAGCUAACGCAGAUGCUUGACCAAAUGAAAAGAGUGAGACCAAGUGAACACACUGCUGUGACUGAGCAGCUGAUUCAGGAGCUGCAGCAGGUCAAAGGUCAGUCAGCAGCUGCUAAGGAACAUCUGGACAGCUGUAGAACUCAAAAUCAGGAUCUGCAGGAACAGAUAAAGCUGAAGGAGGAGCUGAUUGAGAAGCUACAGGAGGACAUACACAAGGUCUUAGAGGACAGUACUGAAAACUCUACAGUGCUUUCAGCACUUCAGCAGGAACUUCAUGAGGUUAAAGGUCAAGCAAAAGCUACCAAAGAGGAACUGAUGACCUGUAAAGAGCUCAGCCAAAGACUUGAGCAGCAGAUUCAGGAGCGAGACAUGACGAUUGCUCAGAUGAAGGAUCAGGUGCACAAGGCGGCGAGUGAAGUGGACAGUUCUAAGCUGCUUCAGGAGCUUCAGGAGGUCAAGCAUGAAGCAGCAGCAACUAAAGAAGAACUAAACAGCUACAUAGAACUGAGUCUCAAACUGCAGGAGCAGAUACAGGCUCGGGAUGCGUCUAUUGCCCACCUGAUGGAGGAACUCCAGCAACAUCGUACAGCUUUAACCAAAUCAGAAGAAGAGAAAGAUUUGGGUUCCUCCAAGAAGAAAAUGGGAAGGGAUCAUCAUGGAAAGGUCAAAGGUGGCAGCUCAGCCAAAGACAAGCAGUCUCUCUCCAGGAAGAACUCCAGUACUUCGACUGGCCCUUUGCAUGUGUCCACUGUGGACAUGGGGACACAGGUGGAGGGGGCGGAACUUGGGACAGAGCUGGAGGAGGUGAUUGGCCAAUAUACUGAACGAAUCGAACAGAUCCGGGAGCUUCAUGCAGCUGAGAUCAUGGAUAUGGAGAACAGGCACAUUGCAGAGAGCGAGAGUCUGAAGAAGGAGAACCAGAGACUGGAGCAAGAGUGUCACAUGCUCAGAGAUAGCAUUAACAAGCUCCGCCCCGUACAGGUUGUGAGAUCUGACCCCUCUGCGUCCUCCCCAUUCAGAGACGGAUACACCAGUGACAGCAGCUCAGAGGUCGGCUCAGAGUUCAGGAGCACACCUGAGGGGGCGCGACCAGACGACACACACCUGCCUGACAAGGUUAAGGCUCUUCUCAGGGACGUCCAUCAGGAGGGAAUGCAGGUUCUUUCUCUGACUGAGUUGAGUCUGUGUGACGAACCUGCCGACCACAGCAGCCUGUUAGCACAGAUCACACAGCUCCAAGCUCCGCUCACACAGCUACAUCAGGAAGCACACACCACCCAGCAACUGAAUCACACCACGGAGAAACAGACAGGAGAGCAUGACGGAGGGGCAGAUGUGUGUGAGAGACUGAAGGCCGAGCUGGCACACGUCAAACUGGAGCUGACGACAUCGCUGAAGACCGAACACACACACAUGAGAGAGCUGGAAACUCUCAGGGCCGAAUUGCGUGUGAAGGAAUCCGAGCUGGACGCGGUCAGUGACCGCCUGGCAGAGGAGCAGAGGCAUGUGAGAGAGCUGCAGUGGGAGGUGGAGAGAGAGAGGAGCAGAGCUGACCGAAGGGCUGAGGGAGAGAGAGAGGAGCUGGAGGAUGUGAGACUCGCUAUGGAGGAGGAGAGAAAGGUGUCAGCACACAGAGAGGCAGAACUCUCUAAAUACAUAGGGCUGGCCACACAGCUCCAGUUCCAGCUGGAAUCUCAGACCUCUCGGCUAAAUGAGCUGAGCUCCGACCUUCAGAAGGAGAAAGAGCUUAAUGCUGAACUGGUUAAACAUACACAACACCCCCUACAGGUGGACGAUGGCACUCCACCUGUACUGGACAACGUGCUCCAAUCUCUGCAGGCCCAGCUGAAGGAGAAACAUGCCACUGUGGUGGAGCUGAGAGCACAGGCAGAGCAGAGGGUGCUGCAGGAGCUGGAGCAGAAGCAUCAGUGGCAGGAUGAGAGGAUCCAGCUCCAGAGACGGGUAGAUGAGCUUCAGAGCUUGUUGGAGGGAGAGAAGGAGCGAGGGAAGGGUAUAGAGAGAGAGAAAGAAAGGCUGGAGUAUAAAGUUGCAGAGCUGGUGGAGAAGCGUAGCCCCAAUGAGCAUGUUGAUGUCUGGGCGUUGGAGCAGAAAUCAGACACAACUGUGCACCAGGACUCCAUCAAUAUGAACACUGCUGGAGCAUCAUACAUCAGGGACAUGGAUGGAGUUAUUGCAAAGCUACAACAAAUUACCUGCAAAAUCAACAGGCUUGCUGUGGAGGGUGCUGUCACAGAGAGCUUCAGCUGGUUACAGAGAAACAUUCAGGAUGUUGUGGCAUUCCUGCAGAAAUUCUCCUCAGCGCCCCCUGCUGGACCACAGAGUUCUGCCCUGCUGACUGGAGGUUCCUCCAGUGUGUUAACGGAGCGACUGCUGCGUCAGAAUGCAGAGCUCACAGGUUUCGUCAGUCGUCUAACGGAGGAGAAGAAUGAGCUGAGAAACCAGAUACUGACACUGGAGGAGGAGCUCAGGAGACUGCGCCACCUUAAAGCCCAGAGCUCUCUCAGGCCUGGUUCAGAGGUCCCAGAGGUACAGAAGGAGGUGUGGAAGAGAGAGAAGAGCAAGAUGGAGAAAUCCCUCCAUCAGGCAGAGGCAGAGAUUUCACGUCUUCGGGCAGAGAUCCGCUCUGACGCGGUGCGAGAUCUCAGCACAUCCGACGCAGACAACGCCACAAUAAAGAGGAUUUAUGGAAAAUACCUGCGCUCUGAGAGUUUCCGCAAAGCCCUGAUCUACCAAAAGAAGUACCUGCUUCUGCUGCUGGGUGGUUUUCAGGAGUGUGAGGAAGCUACACUCUCCCUGAUCGCAGGCAUGACCGGUCCACAUGUGUACACACACUCCACCUUUCUGGACUGUGUAAGUCACCGGCGCCGUGGAUACACACGCUUCCGUUCUGCCGCCCGUGUCUGCAUCGCCCUCUUCAGGAUGCGUUUUUUGGUACAGAGAUGGCAGAAAGUGACAGGAGGGUCAAUCAACAUCAACAGGAAUGGAGUAGGACAAAGUCCAGUGAUGGAGGUAAGGAACGACUCUCCUUACCUGCAGCCAUAUGGAGAGAGAAGAGUAACAAACAGAGGAAGGACAGGAAGAGAGUCACCUCACAUUGCACACUCCACACAGCACAGGUAUGGAGGGAUGAGUACAGAUGGAGGAGUGUUGUGUUCUCAUCUGCAGAAUUAUGACCCAGAUCGAGCGCUGUCUGAUUACAUCACCAGACUGGAGGCACUGCAGCGUAGACUGGGGAGUGUGCAGUCAGGAUCAUCCUCGUUUUCUCAGUUGCACUUUGGAAUCAGAAGGUAGAGAUGUUCAGUGAAGCUGUAAAAAUUAACACACAAAACCACUCAGUUGCCUUUUAUUACACUGAGCUGCUUUGGUUUUGUAUAUAUAAAUUAAUGUAGAUUUAUUGUUUGAUGGACCAAACACACACACACACACACACAGUUCUCUGUACAUUAGGAGUGUUUAUGUUUGCAGUCUGCAGUAAUCCGGUUCUCUGUGUACAUGUGGAUGUUAAUUUAAGUUAAUUUAUAGUGCAGAUAUUGUGUUCAUGGUGUUUUGGGUUCUCUGCUGCUGGACUUGUGAUAACUGACACAUUGUGUGUGUGAGACGACACACUGUUCACUGCUGAAGGUGGCGGGACAAACAUUUAAGAGUGACUCAACUCGUGGACUUCAUGUGUGUGUCAGAGAGCUGCAGUGUGUUAUCACACACACUAACACUGUUUUAUUAGCUGGCUCUCCACAAGAGAACACAGAGGACACUUUGUAGAAGACAUAUUUUUGUAAAGGCAGGAGCUUUGACUUUUAUGGGUAUUUUGUCAACACUGAAAUAAAGAUUAAUAUAAUA